AUGCAAAAAUCGAGUGAAUUUAAAGCAAUAGAUCUGGCCCGAUUUAUUAACAAACAAUAUUGUGAUUUAAAUGACAUCGAUGAACAAGCUAGUGGUGGUUAUAUAAGAUCGGAAAGAAGUUCCCAAUUAGAUCUUCGUAGAUGGGGAGCGAGGUUUGAAGCCAACGCACAGCGCCCAUAUUUCGAAGGUCACGAAAGAGACGAUGUUGUGAAACAUCGUAAUGAGUUUAUAAAUUACUUUUUGGAACGUAAAGAUUAUUAUCAUACCAUUACUGAUGGGGACACACCUGUAUGGAAUCUUCCAGAUAAAACUCCUCAAAGAAUAAUAAUAUUUCACGAUGAAUCAACCUUUCGAAGUGGUGAAGUUUGCGCAAAACGUUGGUUUUUCAAAGAAAAUACGCCAUUUUUUUCAAAAGGUCGUGGUCGUAGCCAUAUGGUUUCCGACUUUCUCGUUCAACAUCCAUCAGGGCCAUUCUUUCAGCUUAAUGCACAUGAAUGGAAGCAAGCUGUGAGAAAAUAUCCAUCACUAAACAUAAAUCACGACUUGGAUUAUGUUGAACGAACUGCCACCGCGAGUAUCAACAUUGGAUCUGAUGCAUAUUUCAACAACGAAACAAUCUUAAAUAAAUUUGAGCGAUUAUUUCAAAUGCUUGAAUUCAAACAGCAUUAUAAAAAGCAUGAAAUUGAUAUAAUUGUGGAUAACGCAAGAACUCAUACGAGCAAGGCUUAUUCAUUACAAGACUUUAGAAAAUCAGUUGGAGGUCAAUGCACCGUUGACAGUAUCGAAUAUCUCGACAAAGAUGGCAAUCCACACAUUAUUGAUUGUUUCUUCAAAGAAGGACAAAACAUAGGCAAAUCAAAGGGUUUAGUUGAAAUAUGCAAAGACUUAGGUAUACACCUGCCACCUAAAAUUACGUUGGAAAAAAUUCGAGAAAUAUUGUCAGGACAUCCAGCAUUUCAAAACGCUACAAAACUCGAAACUCUUGCACUUAAAUAUAAAGUUAAUGUUAUAUUUUGUCCAAAAUAUCACUGCGAGCUCAACGCAAUUGAAGGCCUUUGGUGUAGCCAGAAAGCUUUUGUUUGUUCGCGUACAGAUCAAACCUUCGAUAAAAUGAUUAAAUUAAUAUCUGAAUCACGUGCUUAUUUUGUCCAACGAGAAAUGCCAUUGAAACUAUUUCGUCGUUUUUGGCGUACACUUGAAGCGUAUUCUCAAGGACAAACAUAUGGUGAAGUCUUAAAACUAUUCUUUAGUCAACUCUGUAGUGCAUCUAUUCAAUCACAUCGACGGAUAUCAAACGAUAAUAUCAACGACGAUUGA